AUCUUUAGAAUCUAUGGUUAUUUUACAUGUGUGCUAAAUUAAAAAGUUUCGUUUCAGCAAAAUUGACGACUGCUUUGCAGUUGCAAUUGAAAAAAAAAUAAACUGCAGCUACUGCAGUUGCGCAAUGGAAGCUACCAGCAAUACAAACACUGUAAGCAAAAUGCCUGCAGUGACGUCCACGACUACUGAAGAACAGAAUAAUGAUCCUGACCAGCGAAUGUGGAAUGCUCUCAAAUGGUAUAUCACUCGUGAACGACAAAGGAAAAAGCAAGAGUAUGAAGCUGAAGUGGAAGAGGAGAGAUUAAGAAAAGAGCGAGAGGCAAGAGAGAGACAAGAUGUCAUGACAUUGGAGGAAACUAAGGAACAGAUUGAAGGUCUAGAACAGAAACUGAAACAGUUGGAGAAGGAGAAGCAGCAGUUAUUUAUGCAGUUGAAGAAGGUGCUUAAUGAAGAUGAGAUUAGAAAGAGACAACAGCAGAAGGAGUCCAAUGAAAAUCAACCGAUGAAGAUGCCAAUGGGCAACAUACAGAUUCCUAUGUUUCCAAUGUCAACGUCUACAGGGCAAGGCGAACAAAUACAAUCACAGGGCAGGCCCCCACCUCUCAGUUCUCACAUGCUGAACAAGCAGACCAUAGUCCGCGGGCCAAUCCAAGCCGGAGCGAAGCGAGCCCGCAGUCCUUCCCCCACUUACGCGCUGUACUCCCAGCGCCUACACCAACCUCCCAUGAAACAUCAGCCGGUGUACUCCGAUCACAAAGUAGAAGACGGCCGUAUGGGCCGGCAAAUGCGCGCCGUACUUUGGAACAAGCCGUCCCAGUACGGGGGUAACUCUGGGUCCGUGACCUCGGGCGCCUACUAUGCUAUGCCAACAUCGGGCGUGGUGGUGGGCGAGCGGCCGCCGCCGCUGCUGUACGCGCACCACGCGCACACGCCGCACACGCCGCACACACAUCACGCGGGGCUCAUGUAUGCUGCGCCGCAGCCACAGCUGUACCUCGAUAUGCUGAACAAUAGAGAGCAGCAUCCGGAGCCUAAGAAGGAGGCGCAGGGCCAGCAAGUGGUGAUCGGGCUGAGCGAGGCGGUGCACCCGUCCGUGAGCACCGCCGUGGUGUACGCGCCCGCCGGCCGCCACCUCGUGCACCAGCCCGGCCACAUGCAGGUGCAGACAUCGAAGCCCGGCAGCAUAACGCAAGGCUACCCGGUGCAGUCGAGCGCCAGCGUGCAGAACGCCACCAUGUACCCGAGCCGCCACCGCUACUAGCUAGUGCUGCUGCACCGGCAGCCCGCCCAGCCGCCCUAGCAGACUAACCAUGGGCCAAACACCCACGUGAGAACGUAACUGUGGCCAAACUUACAUUUCACGUCAACAUUAUAUCUAAAUGAUGUCGCGUCGAUACAGCGAAAACUGAAAUUCGCAAAUUGCGGGGAUCUAUCUCUUUACUCUCUUUAAGACGUAAUUAGAGUGACAGAGAAAAAUGCAAGCUAUUGACGAACUUCGAUUUUCGCAGUUAUAGCCAAGUUCUCAUUCGCCCGUGCGUCUGGCUCGCGCUAAUGCAGGGGCAAGUCCGAGCGAAAUUAUGGGAAUGAUAUAUAAAUUACAUUAUUUAGAUUUCGUUUUGAUGUCAAGUGUACGUUCGGCCUGAUGGCCGAGUUUUAUUUUCUUGCCUAUUUCGUCAGAUAUGAAUACAAUUUAGUACCAAUAGUCCGAUAUUUAAUGAUAAUGGAAUAUAUAGGAACUUCCUCCCGCGCACGCUCCGGUUGUGGAAUGAGCUACCUGCCGAGGUUUUCCCGAGGGUCUACAGUAUGAGGUUCUUCAAAAAAGGAGUGUACAGAUUUUUAAAGGGUCGGCAACGCGCAUGUAACACCUCUGGAGUUGCAGGCGUCCAUAGGCUACGGUGACUGCUUACCAUCAGGCGGGCCGUAUGCUUGCUUGCCACCGUCGUGGUAUAAAAAAAAAAAUAUAUAAAGUCUAGUGGCGUUAUUCAUAAACGCACUACAAGUCUCAAUUGGGUCAACAUUAUUUUGUUUGUCUUGUUGGUGACCACUGUCACGCUUGUAUUUGCGCUUCUAUUAAAUAAAUAAAAAAGUCUAGUGCUAUUGUAUGUAAUCUACAGCUAGGAUUAUAUUUUACUUGGGAAAAAUUAAAACUAAAUUUCAUUUUAUACAAAAAGCUCCACUCGGUCACAUUUUUUGGGGACAAAAAACAAGACAACGAAAAGAAUUUUGACACAAUUAGCUAUUAAUCGUUUGCCUUAAUCUGUGAUUUUAACUUAUGCAUUUGUAAGAAAGGGAUAAAAUAUAAUUUAACUAAUUGAGGCUUGUAAAGUUUUAUCAAUAAGGGGGUAAGAAAAAAUCGAGAUUAUAAUUUAAUAACUGCAAUAGAUGGCGCUGUAGUGCGCUAUGUAUUUUGUGGUCACCGGAUUUUCAAAUUUCGACAGAUCGAGUGCUACGGAACGUAGAGGCAAGGAACAGAAACUCCUUAGGCAGAAUUGUUGCAAAAGUGUCCAGCUGUCAUCUAUAAAUAAUAGUUCCAAAUCUCUCCAGAGAAGGCGUUAUUGACGAAGUGAAGUGCGCUGUCUAUGAUUAGAUUUUUUUCUCAAGUAUUCUAGGUAUUGUAGCGCCGCCUAUUUAUGGUUUUUGGUCGGUCAAUUUUUGGUAUAUGGAGAUUUUGUUCCUUGCCUCUAUCUUCCAUAUCGAGUGCUAUAUGUAUAUACAUAAGCUGUCAAAUUCAAAGCACAAAUUUGUCUUAACGCUCACGCAUCUUAUACAAUCAGUUAAUAGCUUAGUUAACCAAUUUUGAAAUGAACGCUAACCAUCCAUUGUGUUAACGCUCACAAAACUAUUCCAUCUGGAUGUUGUAAUGUUUCGAGAAAAUCCUUGUCACUAGAAUAUUCUGUCAAUAAGGUACAAGAUUUUGUAACUAGGGAAUUACAUCAAUUGAAUUUUUGAAUGUGUCGAUUAGUGGAGAGUACCCUUAUAAUCCGGAUGGUAUUGGUAUGGGAUUGGGUACUUGACACAUGUUGAAUAUUAUAACAAAAAUAGCUAAAUGGAUAGAU